CAGAAUAUUUUUUAGAUUUCAAUCUGGAGAAAAAAUAAAUAAAGAACAAAUAAAAAGGUGGUAGAAUUAGGGAUGGCAUUCACAGGGACUCUAGAAAAAUGCAAAGUUUGUGAAAAAACUGUGUAUUUUCUCGAGAUGAUAUCUGCUGAUGGUAUUAACUAUCAUAAUACCUGCUUCAAAUGUAGCCAAUGCAAUGGCAAACUUACGAUGAGCACCUACUCAUCAUUGGAAGGGGUACUAUUUUGCAAGCCUCAUUUUGAGCAAAAGUUUAAGGAAAGAGGAGGCCUUCCUAAAGUAACACCUGCGAAACCACAAGAGACGGGAAAAGCCCCUAGUAGAUUAGCUGCAUUGUUUUCUGGCACUCAAGAUAAAUGUGCAGUUUGUAAGAAAACUGUAUAUCCUCUCGAAAAGGUAACUGUCGAAGGAGAGUUUUACCACAAAGGAUGUUUUCGAUGUACUCAAGGAGGUUGUUUUCUCACACCAUCUAAUUAUGCUGCUUUAGAUGGAAAUCUAUUCUGCAAGCCACAUUUCUCCCAACUUUUCAAAGAGAAAGGUAGUUAUAACCACCUUAAAGAAGCUGCUACGAUAAAGAAAACCGGUGGAACGUCAACAGAAGAAGCGCAAGAUGAUAAUCAAGAAGCAUCAACGGAAACAAAAGAAUCACCAAAAGCAGAAGAGACUGCUCCAGAAGAAGAAGAAUCACAAGACUAA